AUGAGCGUGAGCCCGCGAUGGACACUAAAAUCGACACAACACCGCCUCUGCGGCCAGAAGAUGUACAGGAUUUUAAUUUGAUCAUAGACUGUGUUAUUGGAGAAAAACGACAGCGUAACAAUGUCAUGAUUCCUUUCAUAGGAGGGCCACAAAAGCCCCGAGAAGAAGUGAUCAUUGCAUCGUUAUUCGAAAGUUGUGCUUUCAAGUCUACAGCCAGCUGUCUCCUGGGUUUUGGGGUUGGUGCAGCAUUCGGCUUGUUCACAGCAGGUAUUGACCCCAUGUCAACCAUAACCACGGAAACCCCGACCACAAAAAUUGUGCUGCGCGAGAUGAAAAAUAGAGCACUCUCAUAUGGAAAGAACUUUGCGGUGGUGGGAUGUAUGUUUGCAGGGACAGAGUGCUUGUUAGAAAGUUAUCGCGGGAAGACAGAGUUACUGAACGGGACCUUGUCAGGAGCCAUUGUUGGAGGAGUGCUUGGUGUCAGAGCUGGACUGAAGGCGGGUGUGUUAGGUGCAGCUGGCUUCGCCUUGUUUUCCACAGCUAUAGAUUACUACUUGAGACACUGAGAUAGACGUGCGUGUUUUGAGGUGACAUAUGAUUACCUGUAUAAAUGUUGGGGUUGUACCCCAUAUCCCGUCAUUGUUCUCAUCCACUUGUGAUGAAUGUUGAGAACAAACUGUGAUAAGCAGUGGAGUACAGUAUGUUUUCCUGACGAAAGCAAUGCAGCCGUUUUCUAAGAUGUCCAAGCUGAAGUAUUCGUACACGUUGAAAUGGAUACCAACAUGGCCAGCAAUAGUUACUGUAACUCUUU